AUGGACCACCUCACACCGGGAACCAUAGAAUACUUGCGCAACGAAGAAAGUAUUACGCGUCCACUUACACUUCAAAUCAUAAAAUUGCAAUACGCUGGAUUGGUAUUGUACAAGCAAUUUGGAAUUAACGGACCGCCACAAAAAACGGUAUUGAUUACAUUGUCGGAUAGCAGUCAAACUAUUCAAGCCACCUUCCCAUGUAUGGUUAUUGAGAAUGUUACAAAGAAUACAUGGGAGUCCUUGGAACCGUAUACGAUUAUCAACAUUAAAGACUAUACGUUUGGUAGUUCCAGUCGCACCAACUCUAUGAAACCAAUGUUGGUGAAAGAAUUUGAUGUACUUGAAAAUCCUGGCCACCAAAUUGGAAAUCAGGAUAUGAAUGUAGACUUUGGCUCUUCCACCAACAUUCCUCAGCAACCGCAUCAAAAUAGGCAACAGCCUCAUGGACAAAUGAUGGCACAACCACCACCACAACCACUUUCUCAAAAUCACUCUUCAUACAUGAUGCAAAAUAUUCAAAAUGACGACGAAACUCCAUUUAAAAUGGUCAAUAAUAUGAACACAAAUUCCAAUAAGAUCGUCAAACGUGAUCAUCCUUCCUUCUUUCCCAUCAGUGCACUCAAUCCCUAUCAAAAUAAAUGGAUUAUAAAAGCUCGAGUGAUAAAAAAAUCUGAGAUCAGAACAUGGCAUAAUCAAAAAGGUGACGGAAAGAUUUUCAGCUUCAACAUCAUGGAUCAUUCGGGCGAGAUCAAAGUUGUCUCUUUCACCGACACAUGUGAGAAAUACUACGAUUUAAUCCAAGAAAAUAACGUGUACACCAUAAGCAACGCAAGAGUUCAGACCUCCAGAAAUAGAUUAUACGAUUCGAACGAGUACGAAAUUCACUUGGAAAAAAAUACUAAUAUUGUUCAAUGUCAAGAAGAAUCUUCGGUGCCAAAUAUUCAAUAUAAUUUCACUACAUUAGACAAAUUAAAUGAUUAUAAUAGAGAUGAUGUGAUUGACGUUAUUGGUGUUGUUAAGGAAGAUUAUGGCCUUUCCGAAGUAUAUUCUAAGAAAUCCCAGAAGAGCAUUGUAAAACGUGAACUCAUAUUAGUCGAUCAAACUCUUACCUCGGUGAAAUUUGCAAUGUGGGGAAAACCGGCGCAAGAUUUUAAUGGAGAGGACAAUCCGGUGCUGGCAGCAAAAAAAGCUCGAGUUGGAGAUUUCCAAGGCCGCAGUCUUUCACUCUACCAAAACAGUGUUUUUCAAAUUAAUCCUGACAUCCCAGAAGCACAAGCCUUACGCAAAUGGUUCUCGUCACUUACCCAAAAAGAAACUUUUCAGACCCUUUCCAACACAUCUUCAUUCAUCCCUUUAACAAGCUUGGAAAGAAAAACGAUCGCGCAAAUAGUGAGUGAUCCUAAGAUAGGCAGAGGCGACAAGGCAGAUUAUUUUUCGGUAAAAGGUACAAUCAGUUAUGUGGACGAGAAAAAAACUUGGAAUUAUCCGUCAUGCCCAACUUGUAAAAAGAAGGUUAUCGAUAGCGGUGAUAACUUCUGGGCGUGUGAUAAAUGCCAAGGUGAUCCUAUUUCAAAACCUCAAUACCGGUAUAUCUUCACCUUUGGUGUGUCAGAUGCAACCGGUCAGAUGUGGAUGGCAACGUUCAACGAUACGGCUGUAAAGAUUCUUGGCAUAGAAGCUGACGAAAUGUAUGAACUGUCUCUGAACGAUGAGAGUGCCUUUGAAGCAGCAUUCAAGUCGAUGCAAUUUAAACAGUUUAUAUUUUCGUUUCGUGCUAAAAGUGAGUAUUAUCAAGAUAUGGAACGGAUGAAGUAUACCCUCGCUGAUGUCCAACCGCUUGAUUUUGUCGCUGAGGGAAAUAUGUUGUUAGAGCAAAUAGAACAAUAUGAAUUCUAG